GUUUUCACGCAAAACAGCGGAACCAAACGUGUUCACGUGCAGUUUCAUCGUCUCCUUGAAAUAGGGACUGCGUGUGAGUUAUCAGAGAAGUGACUCGGACGGUAGAAGUUGGAAAUGUCAAGUAAAUACAACCGUGGCACGAUGCAGUCGAGCAGUUCGUCAUGGCAGAGUACAACAAAACGCAGCGGCGGAGGGACAGGCACUGGUGGCGGAUCGAUACCAAGUCUGUUGUCUCUCGGUCUUGGGAGAGGUGGCGGCGGGUUGUUAGGAAACGCUCCUACCGACCUUAUGAGUAGUAAUCGUGGGGGAAAUCUACCAAGCGGUCAGCGGACUGACUUAAUAAGUGGUAUGCCAAGUAGUCAGAUUGGGGGAAAUCUACCGAGUGGCCAGCGGACUGAUCUGAUGAGUGGUCUUUCUAGGGGAAAUCUACUAAGCGGCCAGCGGACUGACUUGAUGAGUUGUCUUCCUCGGGGAAAUCUACCCAGCGGCCAGCGGACUGAUUUGAUGAGUGGCAGGCCUAGCGGUCAAAUUGGGGGAAAUCUACCAAGUCUGAUGGCAACCACUAAUAACAGACAAUCUCUACUUGGCCCAGGGCCUGGAAUGGCACCAUCUAAUUUCGGAUCUGGCAUGGGGAUGAAUCAGAGUUUUGGCAACAAUUUAGGUGGUGGGUCCGACUUUGGAAAUCGCAAUCUGUCGUCUUAUGGUAACAAUGAUUUUAGAAGCAAUACUGGUUUUGGGGGGUCUGAUCUGGGUGGUGGACUUGGCAGUGGUGGAAUGGGACAGCAGGGAGUGAUGCCAUUAGAUGAUUCUCUGGUAGCCAAAGUUCGCCUGCAGCAAGCUAUGUUAGCACAGAUGACACAACAGCCUGGAAGAAUUGGAAACGCAGGCGGUUACGGUAGUAGGACCAGAGACACCAGCCCCCGGGGGGAUCUGAUGAGCAGGCGUAUACCGUACAGUGGACGUCAACGAGAUAUCGGAAAUCGAAGCACAUACGACAUGAGCCGAAACCAGGACCGUGGUAGAAGAAACCAAAAUCAGAGAGAUAGCCGUGACAAACCAUAUCUGCUAUCCAGGCAGCAGCACAGAUCUCAGUAUAGUAAACCAAAUGAGCGCCGACAUGAUGAUAGGACGCGAUUCACGGACAUCAAGAGAAGUCAGACAUCCAGAAAAGAUAGUAAUCAGUCGACACACAAGCAAAGUGGAAAGGGGAGUACCAAAAGUGAAACGAGAAGUGAUGACGGUCAUACCACGCCUACUACACCAUGCUCAGCUGAUGAGGAUGGUAAUUUUGAUGAAGAAAACAGUGAUAUUUAUGAUACAGACGACCCAACUGAUGACGAAGAGAAAGACGCAUCUGGGGAUGCAGGUGUUGUCGCAAGAAAGAGGAAGCUCAAAUCUAGCGGCAAUGAAGGUGAGAAAGAUGAAUCAUCCAAGAACUUAGACGAUAUUACCGUGACAAUUAAAAAGGAUAAAGAUGGGAGAGCAGUUACUGAACCACCCAGAAAAAAAGCUGCAACAUCCGGCACAGAGGGGAAGGAUUCACAAGAUGAGACGUCUGAAACCAAGAGUACUGCUAUGCCGCAGCCUAACUGGUUUUGUCAUGUGUGUCAGAUUCGCUGUAUGGAUCUUAAAACCUAUGAAAACCAUAUGAGAGGACAACGACACAAACGUAAAAUGGAAAACAUCAAACAACUUUCCGAGUUUCAAACUCAACAAGCCACUGCACGGUUGCAUGCAGAGCAGCAUAUAAAGAAUAUACUUGGAGAUGACAAGAAACAUUUCUGUGAAGAAUGCAAAGACUCUUUCAAAGGCUCUGUCAUAGAACACAGAAAAACAUUUGAACAUAAGGUGUCUAAAAAAGAAGGCAGACCCUAUUGCAGAGUAUGCAAUGUUAGUUUUAAAAAUCCAAAGAAGUUUGUGGCACAUUGUAAUACUGCAGGUCAUAAAAAGGUUUAUGAGCUGGCACGGAAGAAAGCUGAACAAGAAGCCAAGAAAAGAGGAAGAGAAUUCAAGGAGGAUGAAGAAGGAUACCUGCCUCCAAACAUGGAAGAUUUUGUCACUGUUGAUGCUGUGGGUAUAUUUGAAGAUGAUGAUGGAGAUACGGAUGAGGAUGACGACAACAUUGAUGAUGAUGAUGAUGAUGACGGUGAAACACUAGCAAAACUUCCCUCCAAUACGUCUGCCAUGCAGAAAAUGGAAGUAGAUAAUGCUGCAGAGAGCCAGACUGUUUUUGACGAGAAUUCUGACAAACCAACAGCAGGGGUGUCGGCAUCUGCCAGACAGACAAACAAGAAACCCAGAGUCUCUGCGACAAUUCCCAAAUUAAUGGCAGUUAAAACCAAACCACCCAAAUCUACUCCCGCAGCUGCUGCACCGAUGCCGUUGCUAGGGUUGUCUUCUGAAAUUGGUCUUGAUCUUGAGCUUGGCCCCUAUAACCCAGACAUGCCAGUUGGUCAAGAGCAUGUUGUACCGGUUGCUGGGUUCUUUUGCAAGCUGUGUCAUAAGUUCUACAAUAAUGAAUCUAAUGCUAAAUUCAGCCACUGUAAAACUAAACCUCACUACACAGCUGUCAAGAAAUACCUGAAUAAGCAGAAAGAAGAACUUAUCAAGAGUUUUGACUUUGAGAAUUCCAGUGAUGGCGAGACUAAACCACACGUUGAAGAGAAACCAAGGAUUGUGACAAAGAGAACAGAUACAGUGAAAUCACCACAGAAACACCAGAACAAGCAGAGUCCCAGUGAUGUUGACACUAAGCUACAGAUAGACGAGAAACCCAAACUGAUGAUAAAGAAAACUGAAACUGUCAAAUCACCUAAGGCAACCAAUCGUGUUGAAGUUGCUAUUGAUGGAAAAGAUGAUGUUGCCAAGGAGACAAAGAAAACUGUGGAGGCGAGCAAGGCCUUACUGGUGAAAAAUAAGGAGGAUACAAGUAAGAAUGAAAUCUCUAAGAGUGGUGAAAGUAGUGAAGUCAAGGAAGAAGUCAAGGGUGAGGUAAAGAAAAUAGAGGAUGGGUUUAUGGAUGUCAAGACAAAGUUUGAAGUUAGCCCUACUCCGGCAAUUGAAAAUGAGAAACCAGUGAACAUACAGCAGGUCAAAGAUGAAAAACCAGACCUUAAAAAAGAUAAAGAGGUGAAACUGGAGUGCAAAUCUGAAGAAGGCAACAAUGGUGACGAAAUGACAGAUAAAGUUGAAGAUGAGACAUCAGAGUCGAUGGACAAAAUGAAGGAUGAAUGCAGUAUUGUUAGUGUGGAUGAUGUGUUAUUGAACGAGAGUGACGAGGCAUUGACCAUAUCAAGCCACGAAGAAACGGAAACUGGAUCUGCAAUUAAGAAAAAGAAAACCCUGAAUGAGAAAGCGACAGGUGAUGUGGCCGAUGUUGAGGAAGAAACCGACACCUCCAAUGAAGGCGGGGAGGCAGAUGUGGUGACAUCUCUUGCAACACACAAGACAAGUCCCAAACGUGGACGUACAGGGAAAGGACGUGCAAGAGGUCGAAAACGCUAA